AUGGCCACACUGCGGAGGCUGCGAGAGGUUCCCCGACACUUGCUGGUCUGCGAGAAAUCCAACUUCGGCCAUGACAAGUCGCGCCACCGGCAUCUUGUGGAGACGCACUACCAUAAUUACAGGGUUUCAUUUCUGAUUCCUGAAUGUGGGAUACUAUCAAAAGAACUGAAAAACCUGGUCAUGGAAACCGGACCCUAUUACUUUGUGAAGAACUUACCUCUUCAUGAGUUAAUUACACGUGAAUUCAUCAACACCUUUGUGAAGAAAGGUUCGUGCUAUGCACUAACAUACCAUACAAAUAUUGAUGAAGAUAAUACAGUUGCCCUCCUGCCAAAUGGGAAAUUAAUUUUAUCACUGGAUAAAGAUACUUAUGAAGAAACUGGACUUCAAGGUCGUCCAUCUCAGUAUUCUGGCAGAAAAAUCAUGAAGUUUAUUGUUUCCAUUGAUUUGAUGGAUUUAUCCCUUAACCUGGAUUCUAAGAAGUAUGAAAGAGUUUCUUGGUCCUUCAAAGAAAAGAAGCCCUUGAAAUUUGAUUUUCUCUUGGCUUGGCAUCACACAGGUGCAGAAGAAUCAAGGAUGAUGUCGUACUUUUCCAGUUACGGAAUUCAGGAGCGGCAGCCGCGAGUAGCCCUGAGCACGGCGAGCGAGCUGCAGUGCCCGGUGCUGCGGAGCGGCGAGCUGGGGGGAGCCCCGGGGGCGGCUUGCAGCGCCCCUGAGCUCCUGGACUGGCUGGGCGCCGUCUUCAGUAACGCCCAACUGUGCGUCCGGGGGGGCCCGGGCUGGGGCGUGGCCAGCGCCGCGUUCUUCGUGGGGGUUUAUACUUUGAAAAUGAUCGGGUGGGAGAUAACAGAGGUGUUUCUUUCUUUCUCUUUUGUGUGUGUGUGUGUGUGCUACAGAAAUAAUGAGCCGAAUAAUUUCGUAUCAACCUAUUGUUGUCCUCAGCCGAGCACGGUGGUGGCAAAAGCUUAUUUGUGUACAAUCACUGGGUUCAUAGUUCCAGAGAAGAUACGUCUCCUGUUGGAACAGCUGUGUCGCUACUUUGAUGAGCCAAAGUUAGCUCCUUGGGUUACAUUGUCAGUUCAAGGCUUUGCAGACAGUCCUGUUUCGUGGAGAGAAAAUGAACAUGGUUUUCGAAAAGGAGGAGAACAUUUAUACAACUUCGUGAUUUUUAAUAAUCAAGACUAUUGGCUUCAGAUGGCUGUUGGGGCGAACGAUGACUGUCCACCAUAAAAACUACAAAACUUUAAAUCA